UGUCGACAGAUGAAACGUUAGAUUUCAAUCUUGUAUGUUUUCUGCCAGGAACUUUUAGAGUCAGGAAAGUGAAAGCGUUAUAACCACAGAGAUGCAGCACGAGAUUCCACAUGUUUAAACAGAGUUUGAUAGAAUAAAGUGGGGCUAAUAAGAGCCAGUCAGACAAGGAUGCUCAGGGCUAAACAGAACCAGACAGAGCCAUAAAGAGGUGUGCAGAACCAUGCUAAUAAGAGUCAGACAGGACACCUGGGAUAAACCAAACUAGGUAGGAACAAACAGGUUUAAACUCAGCCUGACGGCUCCACCUAGGGGGCAACAAGGUUAAAAAGAGUAUGAGACUAGAGUAUCUAGUCUGUCUGUACAAUACACAACUGUUGACUAAACACCUGCCACCACACCUUUAUAAAAGGCGUGUUCACGUAAACUUGCAUGCACCUUAUGGGUGUGUGCUAUGUGCGUUCCUCAUUAAACAGGUGUGGAUAUUAAACAACGCGAGUGAUGUGCUGCACUUUGUGUCCAGUUUGUUUAAUAUUCAGCAGCUGACCACACUCAAAUCAGGUCACAGAAAGAAGGCGAUACAACACUGGUACAACUUGGAUUAUUGGAGUACUGGACUCAACCUGCUGCUGAUUCCACAUUAUAAACAUGACAUUUACAGGAGCUAAGACUCAAACGGUAACUAAUUUUCAGUGAACUUUCUGGAUUGACUGGCUUCUGCUUUCAUUGUUCUGCCUGCUGUGUUUCCUGCUUCACCCAACGACAAAAUGUCUUCUAAAUUAGUAAAGGAUCUCUCCUGUCCUAUCUGCCAUGAUAUCUUCAAAGAACCGGUUGUUCUGUCGUGCAGCCACAGCUUCUGUAACGACUGUCUGCAGAGAUGGUGGACAGAGAAACUGAUUCACGAGUGUCCACUUUGUAAGGAAAUAACUUUGCUGAAUGAUCCGACUCGUAACUUGGUGUUAAAGAAUCUGUGUGAGGCCUUUUUACUGGAAAUAGAUCAGAGAGCUGAGGCUGAGCCUCUCUGCAGUCUGCACUCUGAGAAACUCAGACUCUUCUGUCUGGACCAUCAGCAGCCAGUGUGUGUCGUCUGUCGAGACUCAAAAACACACAACAACCACAGAUUCAGACCCAUUGAUGAAGCUGCACAGGAUCACAGAGAGGAGCUCCAGAAAUCCCUGAAGCCUUUACAAGAGAAACUGAAGCUUUUUGAACAAGUUAAAGGAAACUUUGAUCAAACAGCAGAACACAUUAAGGUCCAGGCCCAACACACAGAGAGGCAGAUUAAGGAGCAGUUUAAGAGGCUUCACCAGUUUCUAGAGGAGGAAGAGGAGGCCAGGAUCACUGCUCUGAGGGAGGAAGAGGAGCAGAAGAGUCAGGUGAUGAAGGAGAAGAUGGAGGCUCUGAGCAGAGAGAUAGCAGCUCUGUCACACACAGUCAGAGCCACAGAGGACGAGCUGAGAGCUAAAGACGUCUCAUUCCUGAGGAACUACAAGGCUGCAGUAGAAAGAGUCCAGCAGCGCCCCCUGCUGAAUGAUCCGCAGCUGGACUCAGGAGCUCUGAUAGACGUGGCCAAACAUCUGGGCAACCUGACCUUCAACAUCUGGAAAAAGAUGAAGGAGAUGGUCUACUACAGUCCUGUGAUUUUGGAUCCCAACACUGCUGAACGACAUCUCAUCCUGUCUGAGGAUCUGACCAGCGUGAGACGUGGAGCGAAACAGAAGCUUCCUGUAAACCCAGAGAGGUUUAAGAUCCACCACUGUGUCCUGAGCUCAGAGGGCUUUAACUCAGGGACUCAUAGCUGGGAUGCUGAGGUCAUAAAUGAUCAAAUCUGGGGACUCGGUGUGGUGCAGGAGUCAGUCGAGAGAAAGGGACAAAUACCGACUGGAUAUUGGGAAAUAUUUUUCCUCAAUGGCAAAUACACAGCAGCCUCACCACCACUUCCAGAUAAAGCUCUCUCAGUGAAGAAUAAGCUCCAGAGAAUCAGAGUUCAGCUGGACUGGGACAGAGGGAAGUUGUCGUUCUAUGAUCUUGAUACUAACACACACAUUCACACCUUCAAACACACUUUCACUGACAGGCUGUUCCCGUACGUUGGCAAUCACAAUAAACUUCCACUGAAGAUAUUACCACUGUCAGUCUCUGUGACAGUGGAACAGUGCACAUUCCCUUUAUAAACUGGGCUGUGGCCUUUUACAUUAGCUAAGCAUGCUGUGUGCCGUUAUUUUCAGAUUAAGUAAGGCUACUCUUUGAAACAAAGAAAUCUUUUAUGCAGUUUGAAAGCUUUUUGUCUGUCGACAGUUUUUCAACACAGGGCAAAUAUGUGUAUAUGGAUGAAUAGAGGAGUGUGUGAGUGUGUCAGAUUUAAGAACCAUGUCAGUGAGACUUUCUGUGGGGCAAAAAUUUACUGAUACUGAAAAAAGAUUUUUGUUACUUUUAUUGAUUUUUCUUUUUAUAUCUAAGAAGAUGGUGAUGAUGAUAUUUGGAGACAGCAUAACAGCAUGAUUAUAACAAUCUUCUUCCUCACAGUAAUAGUAAGAAGAUAAGGUAACAGAUGUAUCAUGUACAUUAUGUAUGUAUAUGGUAGAGCUUGUGUAGAUGCUGAAUAUCUGCUGCUCAUAUUGCAAACAUCGCCCUGCUGAU